UAAUAAUCAUUUCUCCUUACUGCUUCAUUCAUUUCAGAUCAGGUCGUAUUAUCCAGAAACUGAUACUUUACUGGCGUUAAAGAAACAUGACUUGGAUAAAAUCAGUGGAUCUUAAACAAGAAGUGCAAAUUACAAACAAGAACAGCAGCUGUAUUUGCAGUGCAGUUAAUAGAAAGAUUUGAUGUAAGACCAGUGUUAGUUUUUGGGGUACUUUUCCAAUUCCUUGGCUGUUUCAUGUCGGCAUUUGUAUCAUUGUAUCCUCUCUUGUUUUUUUCCAUGGCUGUAGUGUUGGGCAUUGGAUCAGCGUUAUCAUAUGUUACCUUUAUUGUUGCUGUGGAUACAUAUUUUGAUAAGAAGAAAUCUAUAGCGAUGCCACUGGCGACUUCAGGAGCAUCAUUAUCUGGAACGAUAUUUGCCCCGAUAUGUCAACGUCUUCUUGAACACUACGGAUUUCAUGAUGCCAUGCUCAUAUAUUCGGCGAUUUUCCUGAACUGUUUAGUAUGUGCGGCUUUGGUUUUUCCACUUGAAUCUAAAGAAUCUCAAAGAAAGGUCAGUGAAGACAGUUCAAUGGGAAUGUCAUUUUGUAGAAAGCCUUCGUUUAUCUUGUACAUGUUGACGAACUUAUUGUAUAUCAUAGCAAACUUUAUACCCAACGGACUCCUUCCUGAGACAGCAUUGUCCAAAGGAGUUACACAAAACGAUAUAUCUCUAACAUUUUCUGCAAACGGAAUUACACAAGUUAUUGGACGACUGAUGUUUGGAUUUCUAUCCCACAGAUUACCGCAUCAUAUAAAAUACUUAUGGAUUAUUUACCUUUUUGGAUUUGGAUUAUCUUUGUUGAUUGUGCCUUUAUCGACAACGUUCGUUCAUUUUUUUGUUUACAACCUUAUAAAUGGAAUUUUCAAUGGUGGUGCUAAUAUGGGUUAUAACCUAACCCUUAGAAACAUAGUCGAACCAAAACAUUACGGAAGAGCAAUCAGUAUAGCAUUAGUAAUGCAGGGAUUAGGAGCUCUUGUGGGGAAUCCUUUCGCAGCUUUCCUGAAGGACGUUUCUGGAAGUGGAGAUAUACCAUAUUAUUUUGGAUGUUUGAUUUUUAUUUUAUCGGGAUUAGUGCUUCUACCAAUUUCAAACAUCAAUCAGGCAAAGUCACCAGAAAUAGAAAUUACUGUGUCCGAAAAAGGCGUGUAUUCUCAUAAAGUCAUCGAUACCAACUUUUACGCAGUUAGAGAAAGAGAUGAACUUUUCAAUGGUCCUAUCAUUUGAUGGAUAAUGUCCGAAACACUUUCGAAUCCAUCAAAAUAUUUGUUGAUAUUUAACUGUUGUAUACGGAAUUUGCGCUCUGAUACGAAAAGAAAUGGUUGGAUAUAGCUGCUAUUCCUCGGAUACAUUCUUAAUGAUUUUUUCAAUUUUAUCCGAAUAAAAGUCAGAGAUAAGAAAUAAAAUGAAAAAUGAAAA